AUGGAAGAGAAGAACCCUACUACCGAGCACGACGACCUGCCCGAAUUGGCAGUCACACACGAUCCCGUCAAACAACCCAAGUACACUAUCGGCCGGGAAGGGUAUUGGGAAGCUACACUAGAAGAUGCGCAAGCUGCGAAUUUCCACGAACAUUCUCUCGGGGUUUGGGCCGCACUGAAAUCAUAUCGGAUGGCAGUGGUCUGGUCCCUGGUGAUCUCUAUGUCUAUUAUAAUGGAGGGCUACGACACUGCCUUGAUUAACUCUCUUUAUGCCUAUCCAAGCUACUCUAAGCGCUUUGGUGCACUAGAGCCUUCAACGAAGACACAUCAGAUUCCGGCUAAGUGGCAGAGCGCCAUGAGCAGCGGGCCGCAGGCUGGAUCUAUCAUCGGUGCCCUCCUGAAUGGUUACAUCAUUCAGCGCUUUGGCUAUCGGCCGGCCUUCACUUUAGGUGUUGUCUUGAUGGCAGCAUUUGCCUUUGUAUCUUUUUUCGGCAUGUCGGUCGAGCUGCAAGCUGCUGGGCAGAUUCUUUGCGGUAUUCCAUGGGGUAUCUUCGCUACUAUUGGCCCCGCGUACGCCUCGGAGGUGUGUCCUCUGCCUUUGCGUGUCUACCUAACGGCCUAUACAAACAUGUGCUUUGCAACUGGCCAGCUCGUUGCCGCAGGAGUUUUGCAGAGCUUCAUCCACCGCAUUGAUGACUGGGCAUGGCGUAUUCCAUUUGCUCUUCAAUGGAUAUGGAUUCCUUUCCUUAUUGUUGCAUGCGUAUUUAUGCCCGAGUCUCCUUGGUAUCUGGUCCGCCAGGGAAAGCUUGUGGAGGCAGAAGAAACAGUAAAGUGUCUCAUGGCAGAAAGUGAGAAGCCUCAGGCACGACCACUAGUAGCAUUGAUGGUUCAUACAAAUGAUCUCGAGCGGGAAGUUACGGAAAGCACUUCCUAUUUGGACUGCUAUAAGGGCACUGACCUGCGGCGAACCGAGAUUGCAUGUGUCUCAUUUGUCGGGCAGAUCACUUGCGGUGCCCAAUUCGCCUACUCUGCCACCUACUUCUUCCAGCAGGCUGGUCUCAGUCCUGAUGAUUCGUACAAACUCAACCUAGGUGGUACUAGUAUCGCCUUUUGUGGCACCAUCAUCUCUUGGUUUUUGAUGAAACAAUUUGAUCGCCGUACCCUUUACAUCACGGGAAUGAGCCUUUUAAGCAUGUGGCUUUUGAUCAUCGGGUGCCUUGCCAUUGACAGCAGGCAGUCCACAAUUAAAUGGGUUCAGUCGAUCCUUUGUAUUAUAUGGCUCCUCACCUUUUCUCUUACCAUUGGUCCCGUUGGCUGGACCAUCCCGGCCGAAGUCUCAUCUACCCGGCUGAGGUCUAAGACCGUUGUGUUGGCCCGAAGUUCUUACUACCUGACACAGAUUGUCGCAAAUGUCAUACAACCAUAUAUGAUGAACCCACUAGCCUGGAACUGGAAAGGCAAGACAGGAUUUUUCUGGUUUGCUUUCGCUUUUCUCACUGCAAUUUGGGCAUUCUUCCGUCUCCCUGAGACUAAAGGGCGAAGUAAUGAAGAGCUUGACGUGAUGUUUCAUGCAAAACUCCAAACUAGGAAGUUUAAGAAGUACCAUGUGAACGUCCAGCCGGAGAAACCGGCAGUACCGUCCCCCGACUACAGAAGCACCCUUGAAAGACUGUUUCCAGAUACGGCCCCCGAGCACAUUGCCAAUCUCUCAAGGGAUAAACUGUUGGAGUUAGUGACAGCAGGCGGAAGUGGAUCACAAUAUUCCCAGCACCAAGACCCAUCCAUUGUUGCAUCCCUAGACACCCGCGACUCUACAUUGUCAGGGGAAAUGCCCGGUUUAGAGUCACUACAUACAAUGCCCGAAGAGCAACCCGACGAAAUCCAGUCUGCCAGUGCCUCGGAUUCAGUCGGACAUAUCUCCGACGACGUCAAUGCAUUAUCCCUAUCGGCUCGCCAACCAACCUCUUACCUAGGUGUUUCAUCCACUCAGGCCGCAUUGAAAGUCAUUGCGUACCUGCAUCCAGCAGUUAACUCAUAUUUAUCCUUGUCUAAGGAACAAGGUCAUCAGUCAACCGACUCGUUGCCCCAGUCGCAACCUACACCUCAGUCUAACCUCCCACCUACGGAACAUCAAAUGAUAGACGCAUACUUUCUCAACUUCCAGCCAUUUGCACCACUCAUAGACGAAGAAGCGUUUCGCACGACUCACAUGCUUGGCCGUCGGAAGGAUGAUCGAUGGCUUGCACUACUCAACAUUGUUCUCGCAUUGGGAAAUAUCACAGCCGCAGGCGCAGAUAACAAGACCCACUAUGCAUAUUUUGAACGCUCAAUGGAACGCUUAAAUUUACGCUCUCUCGGAGAUCCGAGUCUUGAAGUUGUUCAGACCUUAGGUCUGAUGGGUGGAUGGUACUGUCACUAUUCUAGUCAGCCGAAUCUCGCAUACUCCCUCAUGGGUGCGUCGCUGCGGAUGGCGGUUACUCUAGGCCUGCAGCGGGAACCUUCCGAUAUUCAUUCUAUGCUCGACCCAAGGAAGUCCGGAAUCCAGGAAUUCAAACGUCGCGUCUGGUGGUCACUUUGUUGUUUGGAGACCUGGGGCCACGAAACGCUCGGCCGGCCAAGUAUGGAUUACUUUGGUCCGAGCAUCACAGUCAAUUUGCCUAGUCGGCUUGACAAGGAAUCUUAUUUCGAUGUCCUCCCGUUGACGGAAAAUAUCCAAUUCGUGAAAAUCGCCUUAAAAAUCCAAGAAUCGUUAGCUGCGUUACCAACUUUAUCGCACACGGAUAUGUUCGAUCUAGACUCGCAGCUUGUUCGGUGGUGGCAUGACCUACCGCCGGUCCUGAAGGAUUACGAACCCUGUCCCGAAUCACUACAUGCAGUCCGUACUGUGAUGCGUUGGCGAUAUUACAAUCAUCGAAUGUUACUUUAUCGUCCAACCCUACUGAACUACGCAAUGCGACGGAUUCCGUUCAUGGCCAUUCGAGUUGAGGAGCGCACUGCUAUACAAAAAUGCCAGGAGAUCGCAGCGAUUUCUAUCCAAGACAUCUCCUCCACAACCAAACUCAAUCAGAUGAUUGGUUGGAACGCCGUUUGGAUGUUAUUCCAGGCUACUAUGGUUCCAUUGAUUUGUUUGUCCGCUGGUGUCGCCGAAGAUGACUCCACUGCUUGCACAGCGCAGGUUGAAACUGCUAUGUUAACCCUUGGCCGCCUGAAACCUUACGGGCAUACCGCAGGACGCUCCCUUGAGGUCGUUUCUGGCAUUCUCGAGGCUAACCUUCAUGGUCCUAGCGCAGAGGCGCUUGAUACAAGUGGAGAUAAUCUCGAGCCCCAAAUUUUCCCUCCUCCGAAUGCUUUCAACACAGGCCAACAGAUUGCCCGCGAUCGCGUUGCCGACUGGACUGCUACUUCCUUUGAAACACUUUCAUCUCAGUACAUGUGGGAGUACCUGAGCUGGGACCAUAGCAAUCUCUGGCCUGAGGUUUUUGACCUUAAUGCCGAGAAUGAAAAUGUGGUAAUGUCUUUCAUGGACACGUCUGCGGCAAAUACCUGA